UGCGCAGUACUAAUAUUCUCCAGAACAUCGAACUGUUUUUCUGCCUCUACGCAAAACACUGGACGGACCCACCGCAAUGUAAUUCAUCCCAUUCGCGCCUUUUAGGAUUCUUCCAAUGCCUCCCAGCAGUUUGGCGUGCCUUUCAAUGUUUGCGCCGGUACGCAGACACGCGAAACCUGUUCCCGCAUAUGAUGAACUUUGGCAAAUACAUAUUUUCGGUCCUCUAUUAUGCGACCUUGAGCAUGUAUCGGAUCCAAAGGAUCCAGCGAUUCGAGGCUACAUUCAUUACAUUCGCCUUGCUGAACGCCGUGUACACUUCAGUGUGGGACUUGGCCAUGGACUGGAGUUUAGGUAACCCCUACGCUAAACACCCUCUCCUACGUGAGGUCCUAGCAUUCCGGCAGGUAUGGGUGUACUACGUUGCCAUGGUCCUGGACGUGGUCGUACGAUUCAACUGGAUCUUCUACGCCAUCUUCGCUCACGAUCUUCAACACUCAGCCGUACUAAGCUUCGUCAUCUCAUUCUCUGAAAUCUGCCGACGAGGUAUCUGGACAGUCUUCCGUGUCGAAAACGAACACUGCACAAAUGUCCUCCUCUUCCGCGCCUCCCGAGACACACCCCUCCCCUACGACCUCCCCAAACCACCCGAAGAAGCCGAACCCCACAGACCCGAAGACGUCCAACUCCAAGGACAACCCCCAGGCACCGGUACCACCAUCCAGCCAAGCCCCAACCCUGAAGACCUAGAACAAGGACCCGUACCGCCAACACCUGCCGGCGCAUCCAUGCGCACGCGUCGCGGAUCUCGCGCAGCAGCCGGUCUUUCGCGCGUUGGAUCGAUCGUGGCCGCUGCACACGCGCAGGACUUUGAGCGCAGGAAACGGCCUGAUCAGAUGCAUCCUGCUUCCGUGUCGCAAGGGAAUGCGCAGACCCCGGAUGACUCGAGUGAAGAGGAGGAUGAUUCGGGGGAUGCGGAUAUGAGUGCCGAUGCGACUCAGUACGCGAACCAGUAUGCGGAGGGCAAUUUGGAGGAUGAGUUGCCGUUUGGGAGGACGAGGACUCAUCGGACGCCUGAGGAUGAUGAGAAGUAGGGUUGCUAUGUUUUUGUUAUUUUAGAAGGGAUCUGGUGUUCAAUAUUUGGUCAAUAAUUAUCUGUAACGAACUACGGAAGGAUAUUUAA